AUGACGAUCGGGCUAACAGGCAGAGCGUGGCUAAGCGGCGGGAUGGCGGGGCAGCCCAGAAGGGAGGCACAAAGGCAGCCAUUGUCUAGAGCCAAGGCCGAUCGUAAAGCCCACGGCAGCUGGGCCCUCUCAAUUAGUAGACCACUCCUGGGUCGAUGUCCUCCUCCUCUCUACUCUCUUGUAAUCUUAUAUAACUCCUAUCAUCUUUAUCAUCAUUAG